AUGUCCAAUACUACCUCCUCCAGCCCCGGUAACUGGAUCAUUGGCGGUUAUACCGGCAGCAGCGACGGCGUGCGCAUCGCGAUCGCGACUUUUGUCGGGGUCGCAUGGUAUAAUGUCGGCGAAUUGAUGGUCCUGGUCUUUCUCACCUUCAAGAAGUAUCGCGGCAUGUACUUCUGGAGUAUGCUCAGCUCGGCUUGGGGCAUCAUCCCCUACUCCCUCGGCUUUCUGCUCAAAUUCUUCAACGCGACUGACGCUCUGUGGCUGCCUAUCACGCUGCUUACGGUAGGCUGGUGGGCAAUGGUCACUGGCCAGUCCAUGGUGUUAUACUCGCGGCUGCACUUGGUGCUUCGGGAUAUCAGGAUCCUUCAUCUGGUGCUGGGUUUGAUCGUCCUCGACGUUCUCCUGCUGCACGUUCCGACGACUGUGCUGACCUACAUGGCCAAUUAUUACAACACCGACGCGACGGUCACCGGGUACAACGUGAUGGAGAAGAUCCAGUUGACGGGAUUCUGCGUGCAGGAGAUUAUCAUUUCUGGGCUCUACAUCUGGGAGACGAAUCGCAUGUUGAAGCUGAAUCCGGAAAACGACAGCCGCAAAGUCAUUUUCAAUCUGUUCGCCGUCAACUUGGCGUGUAUCCUGAUGGAUAUCGCUCUGAUCGUCAUUGAAUACGCCAAUUUUUACAUGUACCAAACCACCCUUAAAGCGACCAUCUACAGCAUCAAAUUGAAACUCGAAUUUGCGGUUCUGGGCAAGCUGGUCAAAAUCGCCCAUCAACAUGUCUGGCGACCACAACUCAUCGCCGGGCCAAUGGGCUACCCAGUUCCUAUGGAUGCGAACCAACUGUUUGCCGAUCUCGAUAACAAUUAUGCCAGUACGCGAACUUCUUGA